AUGGACUGCGGGAGUACUGGCACCGCUGCGGGCAUCGACCCCAAAAUCCUCGAUAACUGGCAAACUGACAACUUUCCUAUUUCUGCGUACGAGCAUCCGGGCUACGAACAACAACCGUUGGAGUGGGAUACGAGCCAGGAUUCCAGUCAGGGCGAUGCCGAUAUCGUCGAGAUAAAUGGCCCUCAUGGCUCUCUCGCGCGGGACCCUUCAACGGUCUCAAUGGUCGGACAGCCGGACGACUAUCAGGGCAGUGAUUACAGUAAACAACCAGGAACAUCUACUCCCGACAAAUUCAGCAUAGUAGAUGGCACAAUCUCCGGCACUGUCAGUGCGACUAUCAGCCCUAGAACCCUGCCUUCCUCCGCCGAUGACAACUUCCAUCUGGAUGAGUCAUGGCCGCCUUUUCACCUAUUCAACGCCAUUUCGGUUGGAAUUCCCGGCGAGACUGGUCUCCUCUAUCCAUACGCCAAGGAGCCUGUCGCUUCCACCAACACGGUCAUUGUCGAAGACUCUGGAGACCUGCCUCAGGGACAAGGAUUCUCAGAUGUCGCCUCUGAUCAGUUCGUGCCGUUUCAGCCCCUGCCGCCGGCGUUCUCCUUCCCCCCAGCGGAAUACUGGUCUGAACAGCCCGCCGCCACUGCUGAAAACAUUUCCCGCCAGACGCCGAUGUCGCUCGCAAUGGGCUCGCAGUCAGCGACUAAGGGAAUGCGCAGCUAUCACGGCCAUGUACGGUCUCUGGAUUCCCGCUGGCUAGAUAGCUUGGAGGCUCAGUUACCGAGCAACAUGACCUCCCCUGCGUCAAUGACGAUGCCGCAGGAUCCCCCCUACUUCAAAGAAGAACCCAAAAACCAAGAUGAAUUUCAGUACAAGUCGGAGAGCUCGUCCGUGUCUGGGGAUCUCUCCACCAUGUACGACCCUUACUCGGCUACAACGGACGGCAUCCCCGCUUUUGCCGACCGACAGUUGGAUGAUGAAUGGAAGGAUGAGCGAAAUGAUGGUUCACCAUCCGACGCAGCGCAACCCCUACAGAAUGCUACUGCCUUCAUGGUCAGCGAGAACCCAGCGGAAUCCUACUACGUUCCGGUCGAUUCUCGGCCGAGAGCGUCGUCUGCCGCUCAGCGAGCGCCUGCACGGCCACAGGCUCUAUCCAUGCAGUCGGUCGCUACGGUUCGAAAGCGCAAGCAGCGCAACCUUAGCGUGAACCUGGACCAGGUACAAUGCAAACCACUGCAGAUUGUGCAAGAGGAUGGCCAGGGCGGCUCGAUUGCCUCCGCUGACUUCAUUUCUCCGCCUCGUGGAGCGCGCCGUAAGGGGCCUCUGUCUAUGGUCGGAAGGGCAAAUGCUGGAUUGCGAAGAAAGAAUAAGGACACGUGUGUCCAGUGCCGAUUGAACAAGCGCAAGUGCGAUGGGAAUGCUCCCUGCGAUGCGUGCCGCCCUACGCUGCAUGAACAGCCUUGCGCUCGCGCCUGCUUUUCGAACAUCGUUGAAUAUGGUGUUUGCAAUUAUAUCUCCCAACGAGCGGUCAAUCACCCCACCCUGGAUGGCUCAAGGCGAGUGCGGAUGGAGAUUCCUUCCGAAUUCGAUCUGAAUGACUUGAUUUCAUUCCUCGGUGAACGCCAAGGCCGGUUCAACAUCCGGGCCAGUCAGUCCUGGGGAUCUCUUUAUACCCUGGAUUUGGCGGAGACCUAUCGGUUUUUGCGUGGCUUGAGCGAGUAUAAUGGCAACGCGAAGUCGACCUUCCUUGAAUUCGUUGACCGACGACUCGUCGAGUCAAAGGACAAGUCGAAGAAUUGGCUCACGUGCGUGAAGGACUGUGACCCAAUGGCCAACACUUAUACUCUUCUCGCGAGAUGGAACAACAUGCCCAGCCGUGCGGCCUACAGCUUUGUUCCUCUCCAAGCGGGUGAGGCCGAGAGACCAAUGAACAUUGACGACGCUGAAGAUAGGCGAGAAAUUCUCAUGGCGGCCCAGCUGUCGCGCAUCAUCUGCCGUAUGCUGGAAGUUGAAGGAUUCCGCAAACUGGAACGUGACUUCUAUAACAUCAAGUGGAAGCAGAUCUCUCAGGAUACGCACCUGCGAUUCCUCAACGAACUCGGUCACAUACUGCUGACCCUACGUUGGCGCAUGUCCUGGUGGAAGCAACUCGGAGAUGGUGGUCGCGAACCUGACCCCAGCAAACAGCACUACGUCGAUCGGGUUCAUCUACUGUGCAGGAUUCUUUACGUUUACUACACUUGUGUGAUGGCGAAGCUUCCUUCAUGGUCGGCCUCGGAGGUGCCCAAGGGGACGUGGUCUACGUAUGCGGACUCGGAGAACGCGGUUUGGGAUGACUUCCCUAGCGACCCCACUGACGACGGCUUUGCUCGCUGGGUUGAGCACGGGCAAGAGCUGAUCGAGCAGUCGGGGGCUCCGAUCCGGAUGUCGAAGAUGUGA